AAUUAAAAAGUUAAACGGAAAAUAAAGUAACUUUUAAGUUGCGCGACAGUAACACGUCAUUGUACUUCCUGUUUGAAGCGGUUGCAGUUUUGUAAACAAGCACACGUGAUGUAAACUGCCUUGUUCACGCUAGUGAUCAUAAACAUCACAGAUCAGAGCAGAACCAGACACAAAUAAUAGAAGUUCAUGAUGGCUGCUGCUGGUUCAGCUGUGACUUCUGGAGCAGAUAACAAUGUCAGUGAGAAUGAUGACGAUAUUUUGAGCCCUGAUGACCUGUCAGAAGUGUUGGCUGCCGGGACAAAAGAGUCCCACGACAGAGCCGAGAACUCACCAUUUGUCAAAGACUUCCUGAGGGGUCGAAUCAAAAGAGAACUUUUCAAGCUUGGCACAGUCGCCCUGUACUACGUAUAUUCCGCCAUUGAAGAAGAGAUCGAGAAGAACAAGGACCACCCCAUGUUUGCUCCGCUGUAUUUCCCCUCCGAGCUGAACAGACAAGACGCCUUGGCCAUAGAUUUGGAGUAUCUCUACGGUGAAGACUGGGAGAGCAAGAUAUCCUGUUCGGCAGCCACUCAGCCCUAUGUUGAUCGCAUUCAUGAAGUGGGCCGCGAAGACCCUGUUCUACUGGUGGCGCACGCCUGGACCCGGUACAUGGGUGACCUAUCGGGUGGACAGAUUUUGAAGAAAGUGGCUCAGCGGGCAUUGAAACUGCCCUCAACUGGCGAAGGAUCGAAAUUUUAUCAGUUUGAGGGCAUCCACAACCCUACAGCCUUCAAGAGACUGUACCGGAGCCGGAUGAAUGAGUUGGAAGUGGAUGCAGAGAUCAAACAGAGGCUGAUAGAUGAGGCUAACCUGGCGUUUAAAUUUAAUUUGGGCGUCUUUUCAGAGCUCCAGGAGAUUGGGAAAGACAUUAAAGAGGAGGUGCAGGACAUUGGGUUCCCAGCACAUGGGGAAAUGGGAGGAGACAUCAGUAAAUGUCCCUACUAUGCAGCCCAAAUGGCGAUGAGCGGAAACACAAACUACGCGUGUCAGUACGCCAAGAUGUUGCUUCAACAAUCCACAGUACAGAUGAUACUGGCCACAUGGGUCGCUGCUAUCGCUGGAUUGGCUGCCUGGUACUUUAUGUGAUCACCUUUACCUGUUCAACCAAUCAGAAAUGAAGAAAUAAAAACAGCUGGACUUCAAAGUGACCUUUCAUUCAAUACAUUUCAAUUGUUGUUUAAGAGUCAAAGUUCACCUGCUUUUUUCAUUUACCAAUGUGUAUUUUAAAACAGGAAACAAAAUGCUAACAUAUACAUGACAUAAACAGAGCAAAGAAAUAACAUAGGCUACACACAAGUGUGGCGAACGUACCUAUGGUCCUAUUUCAUAGAAUAUGAACGGACCCAUUAAUGUGUAGUGAUGCAUCAGGCAUGUUAUUCCUAUUUUAGACAUGCUAUGUACCAUAAAAACCUUACAAGGCAUUAAAUAUGUAUAAAUAAUCAUAUUCCCUACAAUAUGUUAAUGUGUUGUUAAUAUAAAUACAAUAUUAUAUAUAGUAUUAAAUUACCAAAAUACUU